GGCGGGAUACCAAUGGCUUCGAUCUAGGUCCUUAGAUUUAAGGGAUCAUCGGCUGCCUGGUGCUCGUUUGGUCCCGAAGGAAUUAUGGAAAUGAUCUGGCGCUUGAAGGUGCCUCCUAAAAUUCGUCAUUUCCUAUGGUUAUCGCUAGGCGACAUCUUUUAUUAGCAAUAGCAAUUGUGUAGAAAACUAGUCAGUAGGGUCUGUCUCACGGGAAAAUAAAAAAAUAAAAAAACAAAUGAUAAAAAUUAGAGAGAGCAGGGUAAGAUAAAAAGGGCAAAACUGUGUCCCGCGGAUCGAGUAGCUCUAUAGAGACUUAUGAGAAUGUAAACUGGUUUCUCUAAAUAUGAUAUAAAUAUCCAACCAUUUUUUUGGAUCUGAUAUCUCUCUACACUCCCUAGGUCGCUGCAUCUGCUCGACUCAAAUUUUGACGCAGGAAGCAAAAAAGAAAUGGAGAAAUCUUGUAGUCUGCUUGUUCACUUUGAUAAAGGGACACCUGCAAUUGCUAAUGAAAUCAAGGAAUCUCUCGAGGGCAAUGACGUGGAUGCAAAGAUUGAUGCAAUGAAAAAGGCAAUCAUGCUUUUGUUGAAUGGUGAAACGUUACCUCAACUUUUUAUUACAAUUGUCAGAUAUGUUUUGCCUUCUGAAGACCACACAGUCCAAAAGUUGUUGCUUCUAUAUUUGGAAAUAAUUGACAAAACUGAUCAAAAGGGUAGGGUCUUGCCUGAAAUGAUUUUAAUAUGCCAAAAUUUGAGGAACAACCUACAGCACCCCAAUGAGUAUAUUCGUGGUGUAACUUUGAGGUUUCUUUGCCGAUUGAACGAGGCUGAAAUAGUUGAGCCCUUGAUCCCCUCUGUUUUGCAAAAUUUGGAGCAUCGGCAUCCUUAUAUUAGAAGAAAUGCUAUAUUAGCUGUGAUGUCUAUAUAUAAGCUACCAAACGGGGAGCAACUCUUGGUUGAUGCACCUGAAAUGAUUGAGAAGAUUCUUUCUACAGAGCAAGAUCAAUCUGCUAAGAGGAAUGCAUUUCUUAUGCUCUUUACUUGUGCCCAGGAACGUGCAGUUAAUUACCUUUUGACCAAUGUUGAUAGGGUGUCUGAAUGGGGUGAAUUGUUGCAGAUGAUUGUGUUAGAGCUGAUACGAAAAGUGUGUAGAACAAACCGUGGAGAGAAGGGGAGGUACAUUAAGAUCAUUAUAUCUUUGCUGAAUGCGCCUUCAACUGCAGUUGUAUAUGAAUGUGCUGGGACACUUGUUUCCUUGUCGUAUGCUCCUACUGCUAUUAGAGCUGCUGCCAAUACCUACUGUCAGCUGCUUCUUUCUCAGAGUGACAACAAUGUGAAGCUUAUUGUUCUUGAUCGACUGACCGAGCUAAAGUCUUCUCAUAGGGAAGUUGUGGUUGAUAUGUUCAUGGACGUGCUUAGGGCACUUUCUAGUCCAAAUCUUGACAUCAGGAGGAAGACCCUAGACAUUGUUCUUGACUUGGUUACUCACAAGAACAUCAAUGAGGUUGUUCUUACUUUGAAAAAGGAAGUGGUUAAGACUCAGAAUGGCGAGCUAGAAAAGAAUGGUGAAUACAGGCAGAUGCUUAUUCAAGCCAUUCAUUCUUGUGCAAUAAAGUUCCCAGAAGUUGCGAGCACAGUGGUACAUCUGUUGAUGGAUUUCUUGGGAGACAGCAAUGUUGCUUCUGCUGUUGAUGUGGUUAUUUUUGUCCGAGAGAUAAUAGAAACCAACCCUAAAUUGAGGGUAUCUAUAAUAACAAGGCUUUUGGACACUUUCUACCAAAUCCGAGCAUCACGGGUUUGUACUUGUGCCCUUUGGAUUAUUGGAGAAUAUUGCCUCUCACUUUCUGAAGUUGAGAGCGGAAUUGCAACAAUUAAACAGUGCCUUGGAGAAUUGCCCUUUUUCUCAGUUUCAGAAGAAGAAAGUAAUGAUUCUUCAAAAAAGGUUCCACAACUGAACUCCAUGACCGUGUCUUCUAAAAGACCAGCUAUUCUUGCUGAUGGAACUUAUGCCACUCAGAGUGCUGCAUCUGAAACUGUUUUCUCCCAUCCUACCCUUGUUCAAGGAUCCUUAGCAUCCGGGAACUUGAGAUCGCUGCUUCUCAGUGGUGACUUUUUCCUUGGAGCAGUUGUUGCAUGCACUCUGACCAAGCUUGUCCUGAGAUUGGAAGAGGUCCAGCCAUCAAAAGUUGAAGUGAAUAAAGCAUCUUCACAAGCACUGUUGAUAGUUGUCUCUAUGCUGCAAUUAGGACACUCUCCAGUUCUUCCACAUCCAAUUGACAGUGAUUCUUAUGAUAGGAUUGUCCUCUGCAUAAGGUUGCUAUGCAAUACUGGUGAUGAGAUCAGAAAAAUAUGGCUGAAAUCUUGCCGUCAAAGUUUUGUUGACAUGCUUUCAGAAAAACAAUUUAGGGAGACAGAAGAGAUAAAAGCAAAGUCUCAGAUUUCUCAUGCACAACCAGACGACCUUAUUGACUUUUACCAUUUAAAGAACAGGAAGGGUAUGAGCCAACUGGAACUGGAAGAUGAGGUUCAAGAUGAUUUAAAACGUGCUACAGGAGAGUUUGUCAAAGAUGGGGAUGAUGCAAACAAGCUUAAUCGAAUCAUCCAACUCACUGGAUUUAGCGACCCAGUGUAUGCCGAAGCAUAUGUGACUGUUCAUCAUUAUGAUAUUGUCCUUGAUGUCACUGUUAUCAAUCGAACCAAGGAGACCUUACAGAACUUGUGCUUGGAGUUGGCAACCAUGGGUGAUCUUAAGCUAGUUGAGCGGCCACAGAAUUAUACUCUAGCUCCUGAAUCUAGUAAGCAAAUAAAGGCUAAUAUCAAGGUGUCCUCAACUGAGACUGGAGUCAUAUUUGGAAACAUUGUUUAUGAGACCUCGAAUGUGCAUGAGCGUACAGUUGUUGUCCUCAAUGAUAUUCAUAUCGACAUUAUGGACUACAUCUCUCCUGCUGUUUGUAGUGAUGGAGCUUUCAGGACCAUGUGGGCAGAGUUUGAAUGGGAGAACAAGGUGGCUGUCAACACUAUAAUUCAAGAUGAGAAGGAAUUUCUUGGCCAUAUUAUGAAAUCAACUAACAUGAAGUGCCUUACUGCACCAUUGGCACUGGAUGGUGAGUGCGGAUUCCUGGCAGCCAACUUGUAUGCAAAGAGUUUGUUUGGGGAGGACGCCUUGGUGAAUGUGAGCAUUGAAAAGCAAACAGAUGGAAAGCUUAGCGGCUAUAUCCGGAUAAGGAGCAAGACCCAAGGAAUUGCUCUCAGUUUGGGCGAUAAGAUUACACUCAAGCAGAAGGGAGGCAGUUAAAAAGACGUUUCAUUUGAACAUAUAAUACCGGUGCAGUGGUACACUCUUCGAUCUGAAACUGUGACGUCGAACAAUAAAGAAAUCAUUUGCGGUUUCAAUAAUGCAUAUGAAUAAUGUCUCUCCUCCUGGACGCAAGUUUUGAUCCCUUUUCGCUCCGGUGGUACAUCAUAAGCUGCAGUCUGUGCAGUUUGUUUCAAGGUGCAGGAUUAUAUAAUUUUAAACUUAGGGAUUCCAUUUUAGGCGCGUAUUUGGUUCGAGAGGUUGAUAGAACAGCUGUAGCACUCCUUUUUGCUUCUGUUGAGGUGAGUUUUAUUUCUUUCCCGGAAUAUUAUUUCAUAAAAUUCAAUUGUAUGUAUAAUUUCAGCACCAGUGUUAGAUCGGAAUUCUGUAGAAACCAUUACAUUUUUUUGUCAGCAAUUGGGGAUCAAAUUUCGUGUU